AUGUCGUCCUCACAAUCGCCGCAGAACAGCAAUGCGGACUCCAGUUCCUCAGCGAAGCCAUUCUCUCUAUCAUUAGGCGGAAACUCCACGAAAGCACCAGCAAACGGCCAGCCGAAGAAAACAUCCUUCAACAUUCAAGGCGCGGCGCGUUCCACCGACUCACCCAGCCGAACACUCGCGCGCCGACCUCACCACCUGCACGAUGACGAAGAAUCCGAUGAAGAAGCCGCGCCCACUCAUGAAGCCGUCACCGGGUUCGACACCUUAACGGGAACGGCUAUUCCCGCCAACAAGGUGGAAGAAAAGCGCGAGCUGGUCAUUCCCGUCGCUGGAAAUAAUAAUUGGAGGGACCGUCCGGGCGUCAAUCUCCGGAAACCUAAGGGCAAGAACCUCUUGCCAAAGGAGGUCCAGGCCAUUCAGGAAGCUCAGAAACGGGGUGAAGUUGCUGGAGAUAAUGUUGAGACAGAGCGUCCGAGUAUGGCUUAUGGGUUGAGUUUUGCGCAGCCGGCUUCGCAGGAUUCGGCCCAGGCGGCGGAUAAUGAUCGCCCGAUGAAGGACGUUACUGAGCCUGCUGCUACUCCUGCUGCCGAGGUAGAACCCAAGCCACUCACGCAGGAUGAGAUUGCCUUGCAGGCGCUUAUUCGAGAGACGAAGGGGGAGCCGGAGCGCAGGUCGGAUCUUGUUAUUGAGUCGGUUAAUCGAGAUGACGAUGAUCGGGCGGGCGGGCGAUAUGAUGAGACGUCUUCGUUUCGAGCGGAUGUUGCGGCGCGCCCGGAGUCUGCGAGCUUGGAUCAGUAUAACGCAAUCCCUGUUGAGGAGUUUGGCGCUGCGCUACUUCGUGGUAUGGGGUGGAAGGAGGGUCAAGCUGUAGGAAGAGGAAAAUACGGUGGUUCUGCAAAUCAGGACAAUAAGCCGCGGGUCCCGGAGCGUCGUCCUGGGUUCCUGGGGAUUGGAGCGAAAGAUGUGUCUGGGGGGAAGGGUGCAGAGGCCGAGCUCGGUGCAUGGGGCAAGGCUGCCAUGCGGAAAGGGUCCAGGAAGGGAGGGAAGGAGGGCGAGUCCAAUCCGGAAGGUGUAUAUAUGCCCAUCAUGAUGCGAAACAAGCAGACCGGCGAGUUCAUAACAGAAGAGGAGCUCGCGGCGCAACGGAAAGAGGCCAAGAAACGGGGCGACGAUGACGAAUGGAAGCAACGACGAGAUCGCAAUUUGGAGAAGAGUGGCCACGGAGGACCGGAUCUUCAAGGAGAGACCGGAGUUUGUCAUCCAGUGACCGGCAUUCAAGACGGCGCAGAUACGAAGAUGAAGAUAGCGAGAGUCGUGAUGACCGCUACUACCGGGACAGAGACCGUGACCGGGAUCGUGACUAUCGCCGGGAUCGUGAUCGAAAUGGAGAUCGGGAACGAGAGCGUGACAGGGACAGAGAUCGGGAUCGGGACCGCAGCAGACGGUAUCGUGAUGAUGAUCGCCAUAGUAGCUCAAGGCAUUCUUCGUCGCAUACAUCGAGUAGACAUCGUGACCGGGAUAGGGAGCGAGACAGUGAUCGCGACUCCCGCCGGAGAAGGAGAGACGAUGAUCGAUGAAUCGGGGAAGACGUGGCCUGCUUUUCACCUUUCAAUUUCCUAGACAUAUUCAAAUCCGCAUAUACUACUUAUGAUCUUGAUACCAUUUUGUAUGACACAGGACGCGUUGGAAGGACUGUCGAGAAUGAUACUACUAAUGACGUUGACAUUUUUAAUACCGACGACUAGUUCCAUGGCCAGGUAGAAUAUCUGCCUGAGUAGCUUCCAAUCCAGAACAGGUAGUGUCAUUUCAAAAUAAAAGAAACUUUUUAUGUACUGGUCUCCUACCAGAAAAGAACAAGUACUCCCACUAAAAGCGCCACCAUACACACG